UGAAAGCGAAACCCGCCCGGCCCGACUUUCACUUUUGGCCUCGCCGCCUGCACACGCGUCCAGGUGGCACGCCAGCUCCCCCGCACCCCGCGCGCCCCCAGACCGGGCUUGCCGCGCUCGGCAUCCCCCAUGGCCGGCGACUCCUGGCGGAGAGAGAAAGGCCAGGUCCCCGACGGCAGGCGACCCCAAGGGGAGGCCGGGGGUCCCCUGCGCCUCCGCGACUGGCUCGUGGCGCAGAUCGAGAGCGGGCGCUACGCGGGUUUGCGCUGGGAGGACGCGAGCAAGACGCUUUUCCGCAUCCCCUGGAAGCACGCGGCCAAGCAGGACUACCGGGCGCAGCAGGACGCGGCGCUCUUCAGGGCCUGGGCCAUAUACAAGGGCAAACACCAUGAGGGCGUUGACAAAGAGGACCCCGCCACUUGGAAGACCCGGCUCCGCUGUGCCCUCAACAAGAGCACUGACUUCUACGAGGUUCGGGGGAGCAGCCAGCUGGACUGUGCCCACCCUUACAAGGUCUACAGGAUUGUGUCGGAUGGUGCCCAUGGGCCAGUUACCAAGGAGUUUGCUCCCCUUGAAAAAAAGGAUCUUUUCCGGUGCCAGCAGGUGGCCCCUGGAGAAGUGUCCAGGUUGGCCCGUAGCACAGAGCAGGUCGUCUCAACUGCCCUCAGUUGCCUCAGUGAGACAAUCUGGGACUCUUGUGGCCCACAGGUCCCCUCUUCCACCCUCUCUCCUGUUGCCCAGGUUGGCUCGGAAUCAGCCUCUGAGGACAAAGAGCUGCACCCCCAAUGGGUCCAGAAGCCACGAGCCGCCCUGCCCCCAGAUCCUUUGGCUGACCACAGAUACCAAGCACAGGACACACCUCUUCCUUGGAUGGUCUCACACUUGGACGACAUUGGCAGCCCUGCAGACUGCUGGCUGCACGUGCAGCUAUUCUACGGUGCAAAGCUGGUGAGUGAAGCCACGGCAUACACAGCUGAGGGCUGCCACCUGUGCCCUCAGGCUGCCACUUUCUCGGCAGAGAGCCUGCUAGGGUGGCCCCGGCGCGUGGCACAGAUCCACUUCCCAGAGCCACCGCCCAGCGCACACGUGCUAUGGCGCCUGCUGUCACACCUGGAGCGUGGUGUGCUGCUGUGGGUGGUGCCCGAGGGUGUCUUUGCCAAGCGACUGUGCCAGGGCCGUGUAUACUGGCAUGGCCCACUUGCCCCACACCGCACACAGCCAAACAAGCUGGAACGCGAGCACACCUGCCAGCUGCUGGACACACGCCGCUUCCUCACGGAUUUGCGUGCCCACAUCCUGGAUGGUCGCCCAGAACCUGAAUAUAAGAUCCGUCUGUGCUUUGGGGAGGAAUAUCCAGGCCCCCCAGGUCAGCCUGAGGAGCGGCUCAUCAUGGCCCAUGUAAGUUACCUCCCAAUCUAGCAAGGAGCACACCCACCAGCCCCAGCCAAACCGGCCCCCGUGUGGUCCCUCUAGCCCCAGCUCUACCCACCCCUACCCGACUAGCAGGCCCUCCUGUCUGUGCACCACUACAAACAAUGACUCUGGAGGCUUCAACUUCCACAGGGAACUCAUUGGGGGGUGUGGGGGUAGGUUCCAAGAGGGUUGGCUCACUGCCUACCCCCACAGGUGGAACCCAUCUUUGCCCGAGAGCUCCUCCUGCAUGCCAAGCACCUAAAACAAGAGAUUGCUUCGGCCCGUGGCCCCCAUCUGAGUCAGCCCGAAGAGUCACUUCCUCCUCUCAUAGUCCCUCGAGUCUGCCCAGCACAGAGGGCCACUGACAUCACCUGUAGCUCUGCCCACACUGAGCCAGUAGCUGGGGAAUCCCUCACCACACAAUGUCCAGGUCAGCAGGGACGGUCGACGUCCCCACCUGUGGCAACGCAGCAGCAGGUAGACUGACCCUCUGCCUCUGGGUCUGUCUCCUGAAAGAAAAGUUGAGCUGGAAGUGCCAGGAGCAGUGGUGAGUUCGGAAA